AUGACGGGCGGACGGUUGUUGGUUCCUUACGUUGACGACUCCCCGACUACCACUUUACCAGUCCACUACGACAGCAAUGUCGCAUGCCCCAGGUGCUCCGUAUCGGCAGCGGCAGUAGGAGGUAUUGAGUGGGUGCCGAUCAGUCGAAAAUUUCGGCCACACCAGGAACACGAGACGAGCAGCCAGAGAAACGCCGUUGAUGACGGCAGACAAGACUCUUCAUAUGGAGCAACACCUGCAAGAACAAGCUCUCCCUCCUCUCUUAAUUCUCCACGGAGAGAAAACAUGGAUGGUGCGAGGAGUGUUGGACUGGCGGGUCUUUACCAACCUCGCUAA